ACCUUUACCUGACAGCAUCAACAUCUGGAAGGGUGUUUUAAUCAAUGGGAAAACAGGGCUCUUCAAUCCUGCUCACACUGUUGCCUACCUUACAAAUUUUCCUACCCACAGGCCAAGUUUCUCCAGGGCAGAUUCCAAAUGCGGCCUGUAUGCCAGUCGAAGAAGGUUAAAAACUGAUAUGAUUUCUCGUCCCCAAGGAGAUUUCAAGCACACUGGUCAUGUUGGGUUAGACGGAGCAUUUUUUGGUGAUAUAUCGUUUUUAGGUGAUAAAUAUCACCAACUUCCAAGGCAAAUAGUUACUCCAUAUAAGCCCCAGGAUGACAAAGAGAAUGUGAGUCCUACACUAACCACUCUGUCAACUGACUCUUCAGAUAAGAUCCCUCUCCUCAAGAAGUUCAGCACCUCAGACGGAAGGAGUGGAUCUUCAUCUGAUAAUUGGUCAGAAAUGAUGAACGAUCAGCCUCCCAUUACGCUCCUUGAUCCACCUCCAAAGAGAAAUAGCAAGGAGGGGGUCUUGCCUGACCAUGAGUAUACUGAAAUAAGUGAUGAUGAAGACUUUGGAAAUUUUAUGGAAAAUUCUAAAUUUGAGUCAUUAGACUUAGGCCCUUCAUUAUUGGAUGAAGUGUUUAAAGCUUUAGGAUCUCCUCAACCCGAGUUCACAUUCGACGAGCCCAAACUCAUUGAGACCAACACUGCUGUAAAGAGUGAAAUAAAAGAAAUUUCUUUAAAACUGGGUCGUGACAACUCCAAAAAGAAGCAAGCUUUGGUGAAACCUAUAUCUGCUGCUGAUUCGCAAACUUUAGAUUCUGCUAUUGCCAUAGCCAAGGAGCUAGCCAGCAAGAGUUUAUUAGACUUGGAUAACAACAGAUCUGAUAAUGAGACACCUUUAGAGAGCCCCAAAACUCCUGCUUCUCCAUUCAAAAGAAAAUUUUCCUUCAAAUUUAAAACAAGUCCAAAGCUAGAUCGUAGGAACUUUUCUGAGGAAGCCGAAGCCAUUCCGGACAUACAAGACAUAAUUACCGAAGAAGCUAAAGAAGUGUAUGAUUCAUUGGUGCAAAAAGGAAGUUGCUUGGAAAGAAGUGUGUCUUUGCCUCCUGCUGUAGCACCUAAGCCCAUCGUUGAAGUGACUCACUUAAGAAGCAGGCAAGUCGUACAGACUCCCUCCCAAGCCACGGAUUCAUCGGACCCAGAAUCGGAGUCGGUGGACCACAAUCCUCUCAGGAUGUUGAGGAGUGGCGUUCCCGUUCGGCCGAAGGUUAGAGGAAACAGGCACGGUAUACCAAACAGUGGUAGGGCUGCAACUCCUCAUACUGCAACAGUGGCACGACUGGCUGCAAACGCUAGCAAUGGUGUUUCUUUAGUGAAUGGUACUAGAUCCUCACUUGGAUCUCCGCCACCUCCUCCGCAAGCGCCAAAGACUUUUCCCAGACCAAACAUAACUUCUCGCUAUGCCAAAGAAACUAGCACCCUGCCCAAGUCAGAAGAUACUCUGUUGGAUGCGAAACUCGAGGACCAGAGUGAUUCUUCGAGUACCAAUACGACAGUCAGUUGUAGUGAAAGUUCGUGUGACGCCUUUCCCAAUCCUCUUCCACUUCCACCGAGAGAUAGAACUAAGCCCUUGCCUGUGCUCAAACAGCAUCAGCGCAAGCAUCCCCUGAUACUUCCUGGUGCAGAUGCCACUAAGAGUUUGACAAAGCAAGUGUCGUGUCCUGAUGUGCCUUCUGAUGCCAAUUCUGUGGGUUCAGAGCCCCCAGAGAGAAGAGCUAGUGAAGGUACCCCACCGAAAGGUGUUACUUCACUCACUGAAUCCUCUUCUCUGAAUAGUUCUAGUCUUACAAGUUCUAUAUCACUGAGUAGUACUUGUGCUGUGCCUCCACCAAAACCUGCCAGAACAUAUACAUUGGAAGAUUCAUUUGAAACAGACAUCCAAAGUGAACUUGAUGGAUUGGACAACAUACCUGAAGAAGAAUCUCAUCUGAUGUACAGGGGUGGAGAUCAUGUCAGUUGUGAAGAUCUUCUGGAAUUUGCUCUAGAUAAGCCCAAUGCCCGAAGAACUCAAGGCCGCUCUAGAGGAGUAGACUCUGAUGAAGUUAGAAUAAUGCAGAAAGUCUUAGCAAAAGAGCUUGUAACUCCAGAGGAAUGCAUCUCUGCCCUGAAUGAGACUGACUGGGACAUGCACAAAGCUAUCAAGCUGAUGCGACUGCAGUGCAUUCUUACCACUCACGGAAUACCCACAGAUAACAUCAAACAAAGACUGGUGAAGUGUUCUUGGGACGUUAGACAAGCUGCCAACUAUUUGCUUGCCACCCAUAAUGUCAGUGAGGAGACAACAGAAGUAUGACCAUGAUGAUCCUUAGUUCUGUUUUUUUUUGUUCUGUCCUUACUCUUGUAUUCAUUUCAGUCAUGUCUAUAUAAUAAGUAAACCCCUCCCCCUCAUUUUAGAUAUUUAUAUAUAUAUAUAUAGAUACAGGGUGUUCAUAAAAACAGCUAUUAAAGUACAGUUUUGGACUCUUUAUGAACACAAAAAGUAUACUUCUUGUAGUCGCAAAUUAAUACGGGGUUGCCACUGCACAGGGAAAACCUGUAAAAUACAAGAAAUUUAAAAAUAAACUUUAACAGGGUUGCCACUCCACGGGGAAGACCUGGAAAAUACUGGCAAUUCAAAAAUCACUUUAAAUAACAGGGAAAAUGCAGGGAAUUUUGUUUCUUAUUUUUGUCUUUUAAAAAAUAGUGACCAAUCAAAGCAUAAUCUGUGGGAUAUAUAACCAUAUUUCAACUAUACUAAACUAUUUCAUUUACUAUAACAUUAUUUAAGUAUGCUCAGCUGUUUUUCCAGCAAUUAAAACUAAUAAAUAUAGUUAGCCCAAUAUAGCUCUCACAAGAGCACAGUAAUUAUUGUUUCCUCUUAAUGUAUUGCGUAUAAUGUGUACAGGGAAAACACAGGGAAUUUUUUUCUCCAGAUUUGAGUGGCAAUCCUGUUAAAUAACAAGGGAAAUUCUAGGUUUUUCCUUACAAACUGGGAAAAUACAGGGAAUUUUAUUUCUUAUUUUCCUCUUUAAAAAAUUGUAACAACUCAAAGUGCAAUCUAUGAGAUAUUUAAGGAUGAUAUUUCAGCUAUACUAAACUAUUUCAUUUACUAUAGCAUUAUUUCUUUUAAGUAUGUUGAGCUGCUCUUUAUUUCGCUAAGUUUUUCUCUAGCAAUUAAAUAAAAGUAGUAUAGUUAGCCCAAUAUAACUCGAAAUUAUAAUUUUUUGUCAUAUCUGUAAUCUCUUCUCCUUUUUUUUUUUUUUACUCAAUACCUUAUUUUUCUUCCUUUUCCUUUUAUGUCUAUUCCUUGAAAAUUAUUAUGUAGACAGAGUUGUAUAAAGCCUUUAAAAAUAAAUAAUGUAUUGUUUUUUUUUUUAAAUGUUUUUGAAUUUAAAAGAUUUAUACUUGUCUUACGUCAUAUGUUAUUUAAUACUCGUUCCAUAUUAUGUACAAGACUACAGGGUAAUUAUUUUAUUUUGUUUUCGUGUAAAAGCUGAAAUGGAAGUUUGUAAUAGAAAAGCAUUUUAUAACUUCAAAAAGUUAGCAUUUAUUGGAAUCUCUCAUUGUGUUAGUCUAGUGAAUUUUAGCUCAGUAUUUUUGUAACAUUUUAUUCCAAUUAUACCUCUUUUUUUUUUUUUUUUUUCUUUUUUUUUUUUUUUUUUUUUAGAAAAAUUCAAAAAUUAUAGAAUGUUUUUUUGUUUGAAGUGCAAUUAAAGUAUAAAGAUAUUGCUCAUAUUUUUAAGAUCAGCUAGACUGAAAGUAUAUUUAAAAAAUCACUGAUUUUAAUCAUGCCUGAUGCUAUUUUAUUAUAAAUAUAUACAUUCUAAUGUUAUUAUGUAAUAGUAUACACAAUAUUUUAUGUUGUGUAUAUUCUAUCAAUCUUUUUUUAACAAAUUGAAGUAUAGAUGGUUAGAGUUAUUGCUCAUAUUUUUGCUGUCAGUUAAAUUUAUUGUAAACUUGAAACACUGCUUUUGAUCAUGUUUAAAAUCUGCCUGAUGCUAUUUUAAUAUAAAUGUGUACAUUCAGAGGUGAUUUUGAAGUUGUAAACACAAUAUUUUGUAUUGUGUAUUUCUCAAUGAAUCAAUCAAUCAUUUUAAUAUAUGAUAGUAUUUUAGCAUCUGUUUAAUGGAUUUUUUUUUCUUUGUGUUGUAUAUAUUUAAGAUUUAAAAAGAAAUAUGAAAUCGUUAUACUAUUAUCGUAUUUUAAAAAUUAUGUUUUUAAUUUUCCCUUGAAGUUCGUCUGAUGUUGUAUUAAAAUAAACGAGAGAAUUUAUUUUGAAAUUAUGUGCACAAUAUUUUGUGUUAUGUAUCUCUCAAUCAAUCAUUUUCAAAUAUGAUGGAAGCUAAAAUAUGCAAUGCAUUUAUCUAAUGAACUUUUUUGUUUUGUAUAUAUUUAAGAUCAAUUUAAAUAUAUUUACAAUUCGGUAAAACUGUACUGUAAAAUGUGCUUAUUUCACUUUGUUGCUUAUUUUAUAGCCAGUCAUUAAAUAAGAUAACAAAUCUAAGAGCUUGUACUAUAUUCAUGUUCCUUAAGCGUUUAGAACAUUUUAUAUGCAUAGAUCUGAUUUUGUAUGUUUUGUUAAACUGCAUACUUCUACUAUUUUGUAAAUAAUCUUUUUUUUAUAUAAAAAAUAUAAUAAAGAUUCUACUUUGCAUUUA